CUGUAAUCUCCUCGAUAUAGUGAAACUGGCUCUCUCUUGCCCGUGGACGUAGCUAACACACAUCGUGUUAGUGAACCACGUAAAUCAUGUGUCUGUUUUUUAUUCUCGCUUUCGUAUUCUCGCUUUCUCGAUCCCGACGAUUUCCCGAUCCGUAGCAGCACAGUUAUAAGUUAACGUAGUUAAAGCUCUGUAGAAAAAAUCCAGAACAAGAAACAGACUUUGUUCUUUUUCUUUUUUCUAUAGCGAUUCUUUGUGUAUAUAAUAUAAGGCCGGAUAUUCAGGCAAUCCGUCUUGAUUAUUCUGUUUCAUUAUUCUGUAUAGUAUAAUACAACACUUCACUUUAGUAGAUUUUGACUGAUUUAUCGUAUUUUAUCAUAUUUCUCUUUUAGUUCAGUUUUAAUUUACAUUUAAAUGAUAUGUAAAAAAAAGUUACAUUAUUGAAUAUAUCGUUGAUACGCAGAUAAGGUAAGAAGUAUUUUAUCUUCAUUCUCAUCCAUCCAAUUAUAAACUAUGGUGAGGGGAAAUUUUGGUCAGAAGAAAAGUACAAUUAUGUAGAUUACUUUCCAAAUUCCAAUGAAGAUGUUAAUUAGAUACAAGAGACUUUAAUCGGUGAAGAUGAAUAAAGAUAACUUGUACAAUGUUCAAAACUCAAAUUAAAUGUUUUUAUUCAUAAACACAGUAGUCUUCGGCUUUGAGCAGAAAGUAUAAAUGAUAGCAUUUGAGCGUGGAGUGUGUGAUCCCUUGAUGCACAGUAGUUGUGUAGGUAGGUAGAUUGUGAAUCCAUAUGUGGUCAAAGUCCGUCUCUGGGAUAUAUACUUCCUGUGUCCAAAAGUGGGAGAGAAAAGAAAUGCAGCAGACUGCACAGAUCGAUGGAGAAGGGGACGCUGAAGCUGCGGGCAUGUGCUGGCUGUUUAAUCAGCAGAGCAGACCACUUUCUUCCAUAUAUAUUCGAUCUCGAGAUACAAAACAAUGAUCAGCUUGCAAGUGGAUUAACAACUCGCAAGCUGUGGCUAAUUACAUACACCGAUCGAUGGAGUAAUUGGAUCUUCCAUCCUUCCUUCCGUUCCGUACCACUACCAAAGUACGUACCCUGGCAGUUUCACCUUCACCUGCACCAAGAAGACAAAACACAUCAAGGCAAGGCAAGGGAACACAUGGUACCGUUCCCCGCCCCGCACUUUGCUUGCUCCUCAAGUUAGGGUCGGUCCACUCCAGCCACUUGCAAUUUUACUCGACUUUCCACUCCGUAGGAGCUUAGCUUGCUCCUAAUUAAUUAAUUGAUUAUUAUUCUAUAAUAAUACUACCUACUUAUAUAAGCUGGAUAGGUAACGGUGAUUUAUUAGCGCUACAGGACAAAAUAUUUAGGAUAUAUAUCGUUGUCGUUAUUAUAUAUGGUUACAUUUAAAAUGAUUCCUGCCCAGAAGUGAGUGUUUUACUACUCCCAGAUACAGACUCGUGUUUUUAUAUAAUGUAUAUGAGUCAGGUUGGCAGGUUUUACCCCAUAUAUAUAUAUAUAUAUAUAUGCUAAGGGAAUUGAUUAGAGGGUAAUUAAAAAUUUAUGCGAGGAAACCUAACCAAACUGGAUUGAAGCAGUCGAAACCUAGUUUUUUUCUUCUUCUUAUACUUUUGUUGUUUAUGUAAUGUACCAAUAAUAAUUGUUUUCAAAAAUAGAUUAAAGUAACACAAACCGACAUGUAGCUAGCGGGAAAACCAUGGGUUCCUUGUCGUGAUGUGGGAGUAGGUGUUGGCAAAAGGAGAAAGAGGAACCAAUGGAAGAGCAGUGCAGAGCAGAAGGGUUUAGCAGCAGAGCACCUUUGAAAUCGCGGAUCACACGAAUUACUACAUUGGGCUGACCCAGAAAGCGGACGGCGUUAGAUGGGCCAUAUUGUUUGGGUUAAUCCACAACGGAGCCCAACAAAUAAACCGUUUUUUCUCUCUUUUCUUCUCUCUUCGGUCUGAGAUAAGAGGAGAAGCACUCUGCAGUCUGCACCAACAACCCAACUAACUAACUUAGGGAGGGGGUAGCCGGUAGGAGGAAAGUGGGCCCACCAACGUGAAAAAAGGAUUUUCAACCCACCUAUACACAAAACAAAAAUAAAUAAAUAAGAGCCUUCAUAAACUAAAAACAAAAUAUCUAAAAUGAAGACAAAAGUGAUGGGUGAUGCCAAGUUGUUGCCCAAAAGAAAACUAAUAAUUUAAUUUCCACCCCUCUCUCCCACUAAGACUAACUCCAAUCCAAAAGGUUAUAUUUAGCCUCCCAAUCUCUCAAAUGUGCAUUUUUACCUCCCAAAACACUUUUUUCUCCAACCCUAUAGGCUUCCAAAUUUAGCUUCCCACAUCUUUUUUUUAUUUAAUUUCCAUAAACCAUACUUAUUUACAAUAUCAUUCUUGUAAUUCACUUUAAUUUUUUUAUAGUUUGUUAUUACUUUUGAAAACAAAAUUUUCGAUGUAAUUUUUUUUAAUUCCGAGAUUUUUUUUUUUGCAAAAUUAGUCAUUUUUUUAGCCGUUACUUUAUGACCGUUUUUUUGGACCAAUCCAAAUAUGACCGUUUUUUUUAGUCGUUACUUUAUGACCUUUUUUUGUCGUUUUGUGCAUAAUAUGUGUUUAUAAAUUACAAUUCUUCAUUUUUCAUCAACUCACCUGAAACUUCUUCCCAUUUCUAAACCAAACACAUUCAUCAUGAGUAUGUCAGAUAGCUCAUCGUCGAGAGGAGAAGAAGAAAUCGAAGAGUACGAGAGGUUUCACCACCUACGGUUGAGUUUAAUCGGCCGGAGGCUGGCUGAAGGUUCAUCAAGUCGACGUCAAACUACAAGUCGACGUCACAUUGAUCGUGAAAGGGUCGAAUGUAAUCGCCGUCUUAUGAGGGAUUACUUCGAUCCAAAUCCAGCAUACAAUGCUCGCAUAUUUAGAAGGCGCUAUCGGAUGCAACCAAGAUUAUUCCAUCGCAUUAUGGGCGACAUUGUGAGGUUUGACCCCUCAUUUGCUCUAAGGCGUGAUAGCUUGGGUCAAUUAUCAUUAUCUCUAGAGCAGAAGCUUACUGGUGCGAUGCGCAUUCUAGCAUAUGGUUCUCCAACUGAUCAACUUGACGAGUAUGUUCGUAUGGGUGAGAGCACUUUGAUGGAGGUCUUCAGAAAGUUCUGCAACAACAUUAUCAACAUGUAUGGGGCCACAUAUCUUCGCGCACCUACUCCUGCCGAUUUAAGGAUCUUACUCAGUAAAGUCUCAAGACCCGGCUUUCCUGGAUGAUUGGAUCAAUUGACUGCAUGCAUUGGGAAUGGAGGAAUUGUCCAAGUGGCUGGGCAGGACAAUACACCAGCCACAUGCAUAGGCCAACAAUCAUACUAGAGUUGGUGGGCUCCUACAACACAUGGAUAUGGCAUGUUUUCUUUGGGUCUCCUGGAUCGAACAACGAUAUAAAUGUUCUGGGGAUGUCGCCAGUGUUUGAUCGUAUUGUCAAUGGAAGCGCUCCACAUGUACGAUUUGAGGUAAAUGGCCAUGCUUACGAUCAAUGCUAUUAUUUGGCUGACGGUAUUUAUCCCUAAUGGUCGACUUUAGUGAAGACCUUCAUCAAUCCAAGGUCAAACAAAGAGGCUUUGUUUGCUCAAUGUCAAGAGAAGCACACCGCAAAGACGUAGAGCAGGCAUUUGGAAUCCUCCAAGCAAGAUGGCAAAUUUUUCGUGGCCCUGCAAGAGCUUGGGAUGUUGUCACAGUGAACAAUAUAAUGUUGACGUGCAUUAUAUUACACAACAUGAUAAUCGAGGAUGAGCAAGUUGAUUCUGGUGAUGAGAUGGAUGAUGACCUUGAUUAUGAGGUCCAUGAACAACCUCAACCAAUCAACCGACACGUUCCAACUCUGGUUGAUUACUUGGCUAGAAAUAAUAGGAUUCGCUCCUCAACAACACAUCAUGCUCUUCGAAAUGACUUGGUUGAGCAUCUUUGGAAUUUGCAGGGAAAUAACUAGUAUUGUUUAAUUAUGGAUUGUAUUGCUUGUUUGGUAGUUUGUUUAAUUAUGACCACUUUGGGCAAUUUCGAAGGAUGACCCAACAAUGCUCAUAAGCAAAGGCUUUGUCCCCAUUCUCGUCCUUAUAUAUCGAUCUUGCUACAAAUUCCUAUCAAAAUUAUUAAUACACAAGUUAGAUAAGUAAAUAUACAUAAAAAUAAGAAAUACAAAAGUUAAAGUUUCCAAAACAAUACCACAUCAACUUGGUUUGUACCGCUCGUUUGACUCCUCUCCGCCCUCUGCAAAGCUCCCUUCCAAACUUUACACUUGUUGCUGAUAAGUCUCAGUCGGGAUUCCAUUGAAUCCGUAGUACAAAUUGUUGUAGGAUCGCUUCUUCGAAUUUCCCUCUCCACCCUUUACCAUAAUCUCGUGCUCUUUUGAUUGAUGCCAACCGCUCCAUCUUUAGAUACUGAUAUCCAAGAUUUGCACAAGUUUACAUCUUCAUGAGCUUUCCAAUUGGGUCUUCUCUUUCUUGACAUGUUUUUGUUUUGAGAGAUGAUAAAUAGAUGAGAAUGAGAGAAAUUGAUUUGAGAAUGAGUGCAGAAAAACCAUGAGAAGUUACUCAUUAUAUAGAAAAAAAAAUAUGACCGUUUUAUGGCCGUUAAAAUGUGUCCGUUGCAACGUGACAGUUUAAUUGUCACUAUAUUACUCUUCUUUCAAACUAAAACGCAAACACACCCACAAAAAUAACCACUCAAAAAAUUGAAAAGAAAAAUAAAUAAAUAAAGCAGCAGCAGAAAAGUGGGAGGCCCGCGUGCAGGCGAAGGCGCGCGCCUCCGCGGCUGGCCUUCGCCUGCACGCGAGGCCCCCACCUCCAGCUGCUAUAUUUGCCUCCUCCUCCACUUUAGCUUCUAUCUAUCCACCCCCAAACCCACUUCUCCAAAUUUGCAAGCCAAAUAAUUGGUGGGUUGGAGAUGAAAAGAGCCAAAAACUUCCUUUUCUCCAAAUUUGCAUGCUUGGGUUGGAGACAGUCUAGCUUGGAAAUGGGAUGGACCUCCACCACCACCAGUUAUCUCUUUACCACUCACCCACCGUUCUUCUUCUAUAUAUGUCGCAGGUUUAUCAUACUAUUUUGGCAAAAUACACUUGUAUAGCCAAAACUUUGACGACUUUACCAAAUAUAGCCACUUUUGAUGAAAUACCAAAUUAUAGUCAUUUCCGUCCAAUUCUUUGACGGCGUGACUUACGGUGCUGACUGGAUUAACGGAUAAUCCGAUGUGGCGAUUUUCGUCCGGUAAGUAUUUUCCACGUGGAUUAAAAAAAAAGAUAAGUCGAACAGAUCAGCAUCCCCCUCUCUCUUCCUUUUCAUUUUUCCUUUCCUCCACACUCGACAGCUUCUUCCCUUCGAACCCUCUUCCCCGACGAAGACAACGAACAGUGGAGGCGAAGUCCAGAACGGCGGCGGUGUUUGCCGACGACGAGCGCCCCUUUUCCGAACGAUCCCGACAACGACUAAUAAAACCCCUUUCCUCCUCAUACCAGAUUUUCCUCCCACCCACUCAUCCCAUACCCAUACCCACACCCCAAACUUCGUCCUCUGAGUCGGAGGUGAUGCUUCCAGGUGGUUAAUAGAGGGUCGGCGAGCAUUCCGGCGACUCGAUUGAACUCUGGUGAGCUCAAAUCGACCAUCGAAACCAAAGAAUCCGAAUUUCACUUCGACAGGGAAAAACCCUAAUCCUCAGGAAGCUUUUGGGAAUCUCGGGCGGUUGAUUUCCUGGGCUUCUUCCUUUCAUUCGACCGGUAAGUACAUCUCUGGUUGCCCACCCUUUCCUCUUUUAUCUUGUCGCAAAUGUUAGAUUGGGGGUGUAGUGUUGUUAAGGUGUGUUGGUGCCUUCGUUUUAUAGAUCAUAGCGGGCAAUAAAGGCAGGCUAGUGACACAACAAAGGCAUCUCGGGACCACUGGUUGUCUUCUUUUCUCGAGUUUUCCCUUGAAAUCGAAGGUAAGCAGCUCAAAAUUCUGGGUACAAUCGUCAUUGGUUUGGAAAACCCUAGGAUAGAAUAAUGUUUAUUAGGUGGUUCUGCCUUGGUUGUUUAGUGAUUUAAAAACUAAUUAAACUAGGUUAGUGACUUAAUUGUGAUUAGAGAAUUAAUUAUGGGGUUUACUUACCAAAGUGUUGGUGUGCCUUGUACAGAUAGUGAGUUCAUGGGAAGAGCAUGAUCCAAAUCAGGCAGCCAAUUCGGGUGACUACUUUUCAGCAAAUGAAGGUGAAGCUGCCCAUUCUGUAGCUCGACAAAUUAACCAUGUGUAUGACUCAGACGAUGCGGACACCUCCGACGAUGAAUACCAUGAAGCAAGGAACAAGUGGGGUGGGAGUGUAUGUAAAUGAGGCUACUGGAAAUACUUAUGUGAGGGUAAGUAUUGGGAUGAAUGUUAAUUCCUGUUAGCAUGAAUGUUUGACUUUAUUUUGCUGGAUUCUUAAUGGUUUGUUACUUGUGAUAGCUUGCCGGAGCACGAGGGCGUCCUGUUGGUGGUACUCAGCCCGCUGAGGUAGACAUGCAAGGAAGCCAGCCCCCUACAACGCAACCUUAGACUACCAAACUUACCAUGGGUCACAUUUUUUUUGAAUAUGUCGGUUAUAAUGGCCUCCGUGGAGGAUUUUUUUGGGUAUGUGACUCAUGUAAUCAGCCGGCAUUGGAGCAUUAUGUUAGGAACGGAUGUUAGGGUUUAAAGACUUAUGUAAUUCAGGUGAAAUGAUGUUAGCUAAUGGAUGUUAUGCAUUAUGUAAUUCAGGUGAACUUAUGUUAUUUAUCAGAUGUAAAGACUUGUGCAAUUCAGAUGAAAUCUAAGGUCUAGCACACUAUGCUUAUUAUGGUGCUACCCUAUAAUGUCAUUUGCAUAGUAACAAACAGAAACAAACCAGAAACAACCCAUCUUUUGCAUACUAACAGACUGUAAACAUUAGAAUUGAGGUCUCUUGUUUAACCAUUGAAAUACAAACUGCAACAUAAUGCUACAAAACAACUCAAACAUGAAAGAUCGCCUAAUAAUACAUACCCCAACGGUUCAUUAACAUGACCACAAGUAACAAAGCAUUCAACAGAACAACAACAAUGAACAUUUGUCGAAUUAAAAUAACAUCUUGGUUAACCCUCCUCAACUCUUCCUCUAUAAUUUUUCUCUCCUUCUUCCUCCUCUCCGCCUUAGCCUCAGCCAACCUUAAACUCUCUUGAAGCCUCAAUAUUUCUCUCCUUGCAUCCACUUCAUCCACUGCCCCUUCCAGCCACAUAAAGAAUUUGCAAUUUUUACUUGGAUCCUGAAACAACAACUUCUAUAGUCACCAAUCUCAUCUCAUAAUGUACGAAUUACAAAUGGGCUAGCAAAAUCUACUUUACCUUCCAAUGUGGACAGCCGUUGAACAUUAUGUCUGACUUACUGCUUCUGCUAGUCACACAAGGCGCAUUGUGGUAGCAAGCGACUUCCCCAAGGCUAUUUUGAGCAUUUUCGCUUCUCGAAGAGGAAGUGCCCCUUUGAGGCAUGAUGAAUCUUCUUGAAGGAGCAGCGGCUACGGUGGAGGUGGGUGUGGCGCAGAAUGGCAGAGUCGGGGUCAGCGCGAAACAGCGGAGGCGGGGUCGACACGAAACAGCGGAGGCAAAGGAGCUUGGGGAAGGAAGGAGGAGGGUGAAAUGGGUUACGGCGGGCCUGCUUUAAUCAGUGGUGGGCCACCUUUAAUCAGCGGCCGCGGUUCAAAGGAAGCGGUGGUGAUGGGUUCUGAAACCCUAGAUUCAAUGGGGGAAGUUAAAAAAGAAGGAUGAGGGAGAACGAGGCUCGGGUCCCCAAUUUUAAGGGUGCCGAUUUUUUUUAAUGACGUGUCGUCCUACAUGUCACUGAAGUAUGAGGUGUAAGCGACGGAGGGGCUGAGAAGGCAGCCAAGUCAGCAUUCCGUUUAUUCCACUAACGGUGUCACUAACACCGUUAAAGAAUGUAACGGAAAUGACUAUAUUUGUCAUCAAACAUUCAAAAUUCUGGCUAUAUCUGGUAUUUCGCCAAAAAUGGCAUUUAUUGUCAUAAUCGUCAAAGUUUUGGCUAUGCAAGUGUAUUUUGCCUACUAUUUUAGGUACGAAUUGAAGUUGUCUAAAACAAAUUAGCAAUGUUGUCAGAACCGAACCGGAGUAUGACCCGAUAACGUGAAUGGCUCGCACUUUAGUGGUCGAACCGAUAUUGAGCCGUUAAAAACCGUUAGAGAACCGGUACCUUAUAAACAAUAUAAUAUCAUAGCAGAGCACACAUAAAGUAAUAAUUCAAUGAUUUAAUGAGUAAAAAUGAUAAUUGCAGGUACCAUUUAGUAAUUCUACACAACAUAUAUAUACAACAACUAAAAACAAACCCUAACCUAAUCCUAAGUGGCAGCGCCGCUUCCCCACCCCUCACUCUCCUUCCUUCCGCUUCCCCCAUCCCCCGUCCCUCUCUCCUUCCUCCUCUCCCACCGCCGCACCUAUUUCAUUUUUCAGCCACUAUAGCCUUCUGCAAUUCCUCAAAAAUCCAUCACCACAUUCAAUUCUUCCUCAUCCUUUCUUAACCCGUAAAUGGUCUUCCUCGUCCCAAUCCGCGAAAUGUCUCGGAUUCAAUCCAAGCCUCUGGUGAUACAGGGCAGCUUAGCGGGGAGCUGCUUGCUACAACAAGGACUGGCGAUGGUGAUGCGAUGGCGAUGUGGUGGCGACUGGGGAUGGCGAUGCCGUCAAGAAGCGCCGAUGCCGGGACAAGAGGUGUUGACGACGGCAGGGUGGCACCACUCUUCUCCCUCUGUAGUCUGUUCUAGGGUCGAAGACGAAGAAAUGAAAUGAAUUAGAGUUAGGGUUUUGUUUGGCUUCCCCAGACCCACGAUUUCCCUUGCCCUUCUCGAUUUCAAUUUUCAAUUUUUUUUAGGUAAACAAAACGGGCGGAAGGGGGGAACCGCGAGACCGGCUCGAGCGGUUAACCGCCUCGGCCGCUCGCUGGCCGCUGUAUAAACGCGUAGCGGUUAAAUAGCUGAUCCGAGCCGGUUUUACAGCCGGGUGGAGGCUUUAGCGGUCCAACCGGCCGGCUCGGUUCGGCUUUAACAACACUGCAAAUUAGGGUUAACUAGUAGUAACUCAUAUAAGUCAUCAUCUAGUAACCUUCAGUUUAUCUAACAAUUAUUUGGAAGUAGUCAUGAAAAAGCAAACAGAAGUAACAGAGUUCCGCAACACGAUCAUGAGAACGUUACACAUGAAGAGUUUGCGGAUGAAGAAAAUUUUAUUUAAUAGAGUGUAUAGCAAGCAAACCCAAUAGAGAGAGGCAUUCAUCAUACGGAGGAAUUCCAAAUCACUUUGAAUGAAUGCCAUUUGGAGGAUCUGGAGUACUAUGAAAAUAUGUUUAGCUGGGAUAAUGGAAGGGUGAUGAAACUUUCUUGGAGCAGAGAGUAGAUAGAGCAGUAGCUAACCUGUAAUGGAAAGAAGAGUUCCCCGAAGCGCGAGUCUAUCAUAUGGAUAGAUGGGUUUCGGACCAUUUGUCUAUCAAGAUAGAACUUAACUUACAGGAAGAAAGGGUUCGAUGGGGGUGGCAUUUCAAGUUUGAAGCCUACUAGCAACAACACGAGGAGUGCUCAUCUGUUAUAGAAGCUGAAUGGAAUAGAAACCCUGACCUACCGUUUGAGGACAUGAUCAAAAACUGUGAGAAAGUUCUUAUGGACUGGGGUAGGAAAACUUUCAGGAACCUAAAAUCGAGGAAAAGAAGGAUUGAAAGAGCUUUGGCCAAACUUUCUAAGGCCAAAAAGAACAAAGAUGUCCUUCUUCAACGCCGAGCUUUAGAGAGAGAACUAAAUGAAGUCUUGGACCAAGAGGAAAUAAGGUGGAAACAGAGGUCAAGAACGGAUUGGCUAAAGGAAGGGGACAAAAACACUAGUUUUUUCCAUCGAAAAGCAUCCAACAGACAACAAAGAAACACGAUUAAAGAUAUACAGGGUGAUGAUGGAACGAUUUUCAAGGGCCAAGAGGGGGUAAUGAAUUGCUUCACACACCAUCUUAGAAAGUUAUAUAAAGCGGACCAGACUCCAGAUAUUCUAGAAGUGUUGGAAGUCGCCGAGCCCAAGGUUACACCUCAAAUGAACCAGGAGCUUAUGAAACCAUUUUCAAGGGAGGAAAUCUAGGAAGCAUUAAAAAUGAUGGCUCCAACUAAAGCCCCGGGGUCAGAUAGUAUGCCUGCACAAUUUUUUUUCCAGAAAAAUUGGACAGUGUUAGGGGAUACUGUGUGCAUUGAACUAUAGAGAAUCUUAUUAACAUGUAUGGUCCCUUCCAAUCUGAACCAUACUCUGUUGGCUAUGAUCCCUAAGACAAAGAAACCACAAUCACUUAAAGGGUUUUGUCCAAUUGAUCUUUGUAAAGUACUUUACAAAAUUUUGUUGAAAGUACUUGCUAACAAAUUGAAGAGGAUUCUAGAUGAGGUGAUUACUAAGACACAAAUUGCCUUUGUCCGUGGGAGAAACAUCACAGACAACAUCAUGGUGGGAUUCAAAUGUUUCCAUGCCAUGAAAACAUGAUUCAUGGCAAGAAGGGAUUUGUGGCUGCUAAGCUCGAUAUAGCUAAAGCGUAUGAUAGAGUUGAAUGGAAUUUCCUCGAAGGAAUAAUGUUGAAGUUGCGAUUUCAUGAAGAUUGGGUUAAAAUGAUCAUGAGUUGUAUUAACUUAUACGAGCACAGUUGUGCUUGUUUAAGAUCAAAGUGCGCAACUCAGUUCCCCCUCGAAGAAGGCUUGAACUUUGAACAAACUUAAAACGAAAAACGGACCCAAAGGUGCAAUCUUUCACGUGGAAGAAGGCUCGAUUGGUUUGGGAUGAAGCUCGGCCACGAUUGAUGCGGUUUCAAUCGAUACGAAGCAAGCUUGUUGCUGAUUCUCAACCAACACACAAGGAUUUGGUGACAAAGUCACAAUUUUCCAUUCAAUCUUCUCUGCUUGUAAACGAGGCUUUCAAGCCCUUAAAUAGACAACAAAUAACCUAAUUCUAACUCUAAUCAAACAAGGAAAUCAAGCUCUAGUUCUAACUUAACAAGGAAACAACUAUGGCUGCUUCAAUUGCCUCCAAAGGUGUGAAUCUUUGUUUAGCUUUGGGGCAGUAAGAUUCUACCUACUAGGGCUAAUCUAAGCAAGAGGGUCAAGGAUGCACAUGAUGAAUGCCCAUUUUGUGGGCUUGUGGAAAUACAGGAACACAUUACUCGAGAGUGUGACUGGGCAGGUAGGGUGUGGAGACCUAGCGAUAUGGCUCCGUAUUUCACUAUUGGAGAGGGGGAAAGCUGUGAAGAAUGGCUAUGCAAUCUGGUUGAGAGAACGAGCAAGGAAGAACUGACUAAGGUGCUAAUCACUCUAUAGUUCUUAUGGAAAGAGCGCAACAACCACCUCUUCAAUAAUUCGAGGUUAGAGGAAUGGUAACUAGCGACCAAGGGCACAGAAUUAUCUGGAGGAAUAUCAAAUUCAUCAGUCAUCGGGAACGUCGGGAACAAGCUCCUGGUCUCAAGAACCCAGGCCAAAUGGGAAUCACCGUUAGGGGUGGGCAACGGGACGGGACGGGAUACCCGUCCCGUUUGAAACGGGUACCCGGUCCCGUUUGGAGAGCAAAAUCCUUCCCAUGUCCCAAACCCAUAAGGAUUAACGGGUACCCGUUACCCGUACGGGACGGAUAACGGGUACCCAAACUACCCGUACAUACCCGUCCAACAAUUGAGAAUGACAGUUCUAUUUCUAUAGAUACAACAACAAAAGUAGAGGGUGUUAACCAGCUAAGGGCAAUGCUGAAUAAACUGGCAACAACUCAGAUGAAGAGCUAUUAGCUCAUAUAAGAAACGAAGUCAACAUGGAUUGCUUCUUUUGGUUCUCUAUAUUACUAGGAGUCUAGGAUCCUCCACUGCUCUACCACAUAGAUUUCCCCUUCUAUUUCCCGAAGGUAUGUUAACGAGUUAAUUAAGGGCAACAAUGAAUUUAAACUUAUUGAUGAAUUCAGAACAAAAGAGAAUAGAAUACCAUGUUCUUGUUGUAUGUAUAGCCAUUCAUGGUGCAACGUGGGGAUUUUAGUUCAAUGAAUGGUCAACUUGCUGUCUUUUAAAGUUCUUGAAUUUCAGUUGUCAGUUUGAGAUGAAUGAAUGGACAUAAAAUUUGGGAUAGUGAAGGAAGAAGCAGCAGCUGUAAGUAACCAAUAUGCCUAUAUAAACUAGACGAAACGAAGAAGAAUGAUGACGACGUAUUACGGGUAUUACGGGUACCCGUAUUACCCAAACGGGUAUUAACGGGUAACCCAUGGGUACCCGUUGUAGUAAUCAUUGAUCCCAAGUCCCAUCCCGUUAAAAAUAAAACGGGUAUUUGGGUACCCGUAACCCUCAAAAAACGGGACGGGUAUGGUUAUACCCAAAUACCCAUUUCCCAUUGUCCACCCCUAAUCACCGCCACCGAGAACCUUCAAAUUGAACACCGAUGCAGCGAUCCUAGGUGAAGAAGGAAUAGGUUGUGGUUUGGUAAUCAGAGAUGGAGAGGGACAUUUUCAGAUGGGAGCAACUUACCGGACGAGGACGAAAUGGUUGGUGGAGAUGGCGGAGGCCCAAGCCCUACUUUGGGGACUGAAACUUGCUCGAGCACACCAAAUUUUUUUACCUCUAUUGAUGGAAUCUGUUAGUCAAUCUGUGAUCCAUAAGCUGAAUAGAAGGGAGGCCACAAAGAUGGAGGUGGCGGGGAUUUGUGAUGAGAUUAGAGAAGUCGCUGGAGCAUAAGGAAAUGUAGAGUGAAUUUUUUGGGGAGAGCUGAGAAUGCCUGUGCCCAUCCGAUGGCUAGAAUGAAAAGUAGAUAUGAGAAGACAGAGAUCUAGAUGUCUUGUCCUCCUAUUUUCUUGAUACAUCAACUUCUAGUUAAUGGCAAUGUAACCCCUGAACUUUGAAUUUUAUAAAUAUAGGCUGCUUGUAAAAGCAACCCCUGAACUUUGAAUUUUAUGAAUAUAGGUUGAUUGUAAAAUAAAUAAAUAAAAUAGAGAGGGAGACAUUAUAUAUCGGAACUACCUAGCUAGUAGCAAAAGUAACGGAAGGUGGGUAGUGAAGUGAAGAGUUUCAGAUAUACCUAAAAUUUCACACUUGCCAAUUUCGCUGGUACCCUCCCUGCCUAACCUAGUGGCUAAUUUUUUAUUUUAACCAUAUAUUGCACCAUGGAAACAUAGUAGUCGGCAUCUUUUAGAUAUGAAUUACCAUUAGUUUAGUACUAUUAGGACAAAGAAAAGUAGAAAACACAGGAAGGGCUUAGUUAGGCCUUACAAAAGGACCGCUAAUUUACUUUAGUUUUGGUGGAUCAUUAUUAGCAGCAUGCCAAACAUAGCAACAAGAAAGAAAGAAUAUUAGAGAAGGCAAUUUUAACAUGUACCAACUUAUUAACAACUAAAGUAAUCACCCUAUUCAUAAAAUAAUAAUAAUCAUCAUCAUCACCCCCAGGAAAAGGACCACUUCAUAAUCACUGUACAUCUUAUUCACUUCACCUUUAAUCUUGAAAAUAUUUGCAUGUAAAAAAAUAUUAGUAUUGAUAUUUAUUUUCAUAUAUGUUGAGAAAAAUAAUUUUAUAUAAUUAUGCACAUUUGAUUUGGGGUGAGUAAUGAGUGGGUUGUGUGGAUUUCAAUCUCAAAUUGAUCUACCUGUUUUUAUUAACAAGUUGUUAUAAUUGUGACCCUCGAUCCACCCACAUUCUUAUUUCAGUUUGAAUUGAGUGGUGGGUGGAUGCUAGAGUUAACUCAUAAAAGCAAUUCCCCGACUAUUCAUUAGACUAGUUGUCUAAUAUUUGUAAUAAAUUAAUUCCAAAUUAGGAAGACAAUAGUCAUUUAGACACAACACUUUAGUCUCUUGUGGAUCCGUCUAGAUACUUUUUGACAUGUAAAUUUUUCCUACUCAUACCAAUUUUCCAAUUGACCACUUUACAUGAAGUAUUUGUUCAUAAAGAAAAUAAAGUCAUGACCACAUAUUUCUAGAGACCAAGACUUUUUUUUUCUUCGCAAAGUCAGUUGUUAUUAAAUCAGACAUACAGAGAAAAUAAAAAAAGCGCGAGAGUCGACCAAUAAUCGAACUCCCGAUAAGAGGGCCUUUUAUGCCACAUGAUGGGCCUUUUAUGUGUGUGGAUAUUAAUUCUCUGACAGAUGCAUCAAAUUUAUCAUUGAUCCAUCACUGAUUAUGUAGAAAAUAUUGGCAUUUUUUGACAGGUUAUAAUUUGCAUUCUAAUAUUGAAUGAACAUUACACAAUAACAAACAAUAGUUGUUCAAAAAUAUUUUCUAUUUUGGAAGUUCAUGGUUGGUGUGUGAUGCAGUUAGAAAGAAAAAUGAAUAUUUGAUAAUAUAAACAACAAACAAUUCUUUUUUAUGUGAAAGUGAGAUGCAGGUCAUUCGGGUGAUCCCAAUCCACUCACCCAAAUAAUGCAGGCAAAAAAUUUCAAUCCAUGAUCCACCCAUACUAAUCACCUCAUCCACUACAAUCAUAAUUAUUUGUUAGUGUAUCGAUGUCAAACUGCGGAUUAGCUAGCCACUGCAAUCCUAUAUCCUACAAUAUACGGCUCAAGAUAGUGGAUGGAGAAUUAAAGACCAUUUUUAUUUUCCCUAGUUUUCCUAAUCGGCUCAUAUCUUUUUUGUUUUAACUCGGAUUUUAAUUUUUUUUUUUUACAGAUGAAACGAGUUCAUCGUGCUCUACAAAAUGAGAUCAAUUUUCAAUAUUUUCUUAGGAAAAAAAUUAUGGCCUCUCGGUACCAACUGCUUACCAUAUGGUAUUUUCUUCGUUUUUAAUUCGUUUUUGAAAAUGUUUGCACAGAAGGGACGAGUUCAUCAUGAUCUAUUGGAUCUACAAAUUUCUGGUUGAACAAAUUACAGGACCAAAAAAUACCACACAAUAUCAUACAAUACCACCAUGGUACGGGGUGGUAUCUUGUGGUACACAAUGUUAAAAGUCGUAAAUGACAGUUAAUAUACUUCUACUAUCAUGUAUUCAACCAUCCUACAGUCUUGGUUUGUUCAUACCACCAUGGCACGCUUUUCAAACCAUAGGUAUGCUCUUAUUUCAAUACCAGUCAAUACCAUAUGGUAUGAACUGGUAAAAAAUGGCUCAUUUUUUUGUUCGAAAAAUAUAUCAAAGUGGAUAUCAUUUUGAAGACACAAUUAAUCUGAUCUAAGUGUGCAAAAAAAUUAAAUUUCGACUUAAAACGAAUGAUAAAUCGUUCGUCAAAGAUUAAGGAGGGGAAAAUGAAAGACUUUGAAGGAAAGAGAGGGAUGCUGAUAUCAUGCUGAUAUGGACAUGUUACUCAUAAUUACUCACCAUAAGAUUACUGACCUGAUCCGUUCCCACCAUAUACUUCAUCGGCUCCGUUAAGAAAAAGGCAUUAACCAUUACUCCAUUAGUAAAAAACUGAAUUAAACAAAGGAAAGAUAGGACAAGGAAUCGAUAAGGUAAGAAAGCAGGGGAAAAGGACAAUUAAUUAAUUAAGACACUAUCCCUUAAUUAUUGUUAAGAUUACUGACCUGAUCCGUUCCCACCAUAUACUUCAUCGGCUCCGUUAAGAAAAAAGCAUUAACCAUUACUCCAUUAGUAAAAAACUGAAUUAAACAAAGGACAGAUAGGACAAGGAAUUGAUAGGGUAAGAAAGUAGGGGAAAAGGACAAUUAAUUAAUUAAGACACUAUCCCUUAAUUAUUGUUUAGAAAAGAAAUCAGGAUCAAAAUUGCGUCAUUCUAAUCAGUGGAAAUGAAAGCUCACCCCUCUCAAAUCAAAAUUAUUUAAAAAAACUCACUAAAUUGAUAAAUAUCCUAAAAAUUUGCCAUUUGCUCCCUUCAUUUCUCUUUAAAUUUCCCACUGGUUCUUCUUCUCUUAUCUUCUCAAGCAUCCAUUCAUCUCUUUCUCUCUCCCUUUUUUUCUUUAUUUUCUAGUUGGCAUUGUCUUUUACGCGCAUAAUAAUAAUACUAAUUAAAAUGAAUAGUAACCGCAACAUUUUAUUUCUUUUUAAAUAUUAUUUAUAUUUUGGUUCGCGCAUUCUCUGACUGUGAGUGUCUCUCUCUCAUCGCAUCGGCCAUCUCUCUCUGUAAAGACAAAGCCGUGGAUCUAUCUCCUCCUCCCACCAUUCCUUUCCAUUUCCUCCUUCCCUCUUCCCCUGCGAGCGAUAGAAGCUAAAGCUAAGAAGACCAUCCCGCUUUCCUCUCUUACCCACCAUCUCUUCUCAUCUCUUCUCUUCUCUUCUCUUCGUCUGCACGAUUUUCCCUCUGUCUUUUCGCAUCGUCUUCUCGAUCGCCUCAUCCCCGUUUCUUUCUCCGCCUUCCACUCCACAAACCCAUCCAUUCAUGUCUUUCUCCACCUGCCCCUUCCGCAGAUUAGAUCUACCCUUCUCACCUUCGUUCUCCCUCUAAAAAACCCACCUUUCAGAUCUCUCCCUCUCUCUUUCUCCUCCUCUGGGUCUUCCCUGUCUCUUCUCUUUUUCUCCACCCCUUCUGUAUCUAAGGAGGGGAAAACCCAGUUACAGGGGACUUUGAUAAUCAUGGCGGUCUCAAUUCGCCCAGAUCUGACCUCCAGAAUCUACCCGGAGGCCGACCCAACAUGCUGCUCCAUCACCCUCGCCGCCGGGAUCGACCACUUCGACCGCCUCCCGGACUCCCUCCUCAUCCUCGUCUUCAACAAAAUCGGCGACGUCAAGGCCCUGGGGCGCUGCUGCGUCGUCUCCCGCAGGUUCCACUCCCUCGUCCCGCAGGUAGAGAGCGUCGUCGUCCGGGUUGACUGCGUUAUCUCCGACGACGACACAUCCAACUCCUCUUCCUCCGACAAGUCCCGCUCAUCGGCUUCCUCCUCCGGCUUCUCCUCCAUUUUCCGGAUGGUCUUCGGCGGCAUUGUCAAGCCGUUCCAGGCUCUGGGUCAGUUGCUGGGUCCCAAGCGCGAGAUUCAGGCCUCCUCUUACGCCUCCAGGAACGGGCCUCUCUCCGUCGGCAGCAGCGGCGGCGGAAACGACGACGACGCCGGCGAGAUGGACCAAGGCGGCGUCACCCACCACUCCCCUACGCAGGUUCUUAAGAAUUUCAACGAGAUUCGUUUCUUAAGAAUCGAGUUACCCAGUGGGGAGCUAGGGAUCGACGAUGGCGUGCUCUUGAAAUGGAGGGCCGAUUUCGGAUCUACCCUCGACAAUUGCGUUAUCCUCGGCGCUGCCUCCGUCAUCAACAACGGCCAUUCUAAGCAAUUCACGGCAUCUCCAGAUCCUCCCGUCGCCACUACCGAUUUAGUUUGCGCCAAUGCAGGGGGAGAUGAUAACGGGAGCAUACCGGAAUCUUUCUACACAAACGGCGGCCUGAAGCUCAGAGUCGUCUGGACGAUUAGCUCUCUAAUCGCCGCCUCGGCGAGGCACUACUUGCUUCAGCCCAUAAUCGCCGAGCACAAGACGCUGAACAGCUUGGUGUUGACCGAUGCGGAUGGUCAAGGCGUGCUGUGCAUGAACAGGGAUCAGCUGGAAGAGCUGCGGGUGAAGCCAUUGUCGGCUUCCUCUGCUUCCAAAAGGACACUUGUCCCUGCUCUCAACAUGCGGCUGUGGUAUGCCCCCCACUUGGAAUUGCCCAAUGGAGUCGUUCUGAAAGGUGCCACUCUGGUCGCGAUUAGGCCCAGCGAGCAGACCUCGGCAAAGAAGGAAGUUUGUGAUCUGUCGUGGGUCUCCACAGCUUUCGAGGAGCCUUAUGGUACUGCGGCGAAGAUGCUUGUCAAGCGGAGGACUUACUGCUUGGAGAUGAACUCUUUCUAACUGGGUUGCCUAACUGAUCAUGGCAGCUGAGGUAGGAAAUUUGUUUCCUUUGUAUGCGCAGCUGUAGAAUUGGUUUGCUUUACAUGGUAGCUUGUGAUGAUGCUUGGUUGUUUACAUAAAUCUGCAAAUGAUCGGCUUUCAGUCUCCAAGUAGGCAUUAAGGGAUAUAUGUUAGUCCAUCAAUUGCUAGCUGAAUUGUUCAUUUGGAUAUUCUGUAUCAUAUAUACAUCCAAGUGAAAUGUAGAACAAAUGAUGCAUCUCUGGAUGAUACUUUGAACAAAUCCUUUUGGCUUGCACGUGGAUGGCUUGCAUUUGCUAGGAUGACCACUCAUGUAGCAUUGUCCUUUGUCCAGGUUGCAGAGGAUUUGCAGUUUGAAAUUGCAAAGAUUCAAGGGAAACACCGCCGAGAGAAGUAAGUGAAAACAAUUUUGCACCAAAGCUUUUGCAUGAAUCAGCUGCUGCAAUAUAAUCCUGGAAGGUCGAAUGUGAAUCCUGCAUUGAACUAACUGCCUGCAAGAAUCCCUCAUCCUCGAGCUCAUUCUGUCUGUACUGUGAGAUACCGGAACCGCCAUUUUGCUACAUGAAGUUGUUGCUUGGUAUUUAAAGGAAGGAAAUUGCAUCUGCUGCUUGGUUUUUUUAUGGCUGUGAGGCAUAUGCUUUGUAAGGGUGCACGAACACUUUGCUGCUAGACCAAAAUGUCGCUGAAAGAGCUUUGAGUUUGUAGUAGCACUCCUCCUUUUACUUUUAUCUUUAAGCACCACCAGUAUCAUAUAUAUAUAUGUGAAUAUUGUAGGUAAUGAGAGAAUAUGUACUGCUUUGCUUAUUGUUAGUUCUUAAUUCAAUCAAUAAAACAACUUUUCCCCUUUGUUUUCCCACACUCUUUCUGCUGAUCUAUUCGUCAAAAGUUAGGCAGUUGGGAUGCCAAAACUAUGUAGUUAUGAUUCAGCUUCUGUUUCUAUUGAUUAAACAAUUACUAGUUUC